AUGGCUACCGUCAACGUUCGUCGCGAUGUUACCGACCCCUUCUACCGUUACAAGAUGGAGAAGCUCCAGGCCAAGAUCGAGGGUAAGGGUAACGGUAUCAAGACCGUCGUUGUGAACUUGAACACCGUCGCUCAGUCCCUCGCUCGUCCUCCCGAGUACCUCAUCAAGUACUUCGGAUUUGAAAUUGGAGCUCAGGCCAACGCUAAGCCCACUGACGAUCGUUGGAUUAUCAACGGUGCCCACGACGCUCCCAAGCUUCAGGACUUGUUGGAUGGUUUCAUCGACAAAUUUGUUCUCUGCAAGAAGUGCAAGAACCCCGAAACCGAAGUGAUUCUCAAGGACAACCGUAUUACUUUGGACUGCAAAGCUUGCGGCCAGCGCUCUGACGUUGAUCCUCGUCUCAAGCUGAGCACCUUCAUCGUGAGAAAGACUCCUGCCAAGGGAGGCAAGAAGGACAAGAAAUCUCGUCGUGACAAGAAGAAAGAUAAAGACGAAGCCAAUGGAGAAAAGAAUGGCAGCCCAGGAGACAGCAACGCUUCUGACGAAGGUGAUGAUGGCGAGCUUCUAGCUGCUAGUGACGACGAAAUUGUUGCCGGCGCUGAGAAGAUCAACAUCGAGGACGAGGACGAAGAAGAGGUCAAGUGGUCCGUCGAUGUCUCUGAAGAAGCCGUCAAGGCCCGUGCUAAGGAUCUUCCCGACGAUCUCAAGCGCACCUUGAUCAUUGAAGGCGGCGAGGACGAUGACGAAGAAGGUGGCGCUACCAUUUACGAUCAGCUUGGAAGCUGGAUCAUCAAAGAAGCCGAAGACAAUGGUGGUGUUGCUAAGGUCAGCGACAUUGAUAUCUACAAGAAGGCCCUGGAGCUCGGCAUUGAGAACAAGCACAAGACUUUGACCGUGCUUGCACAGACCAUCUUCGACGACAAGAUUGUCAAGCAGAUCCCAUCUCGUGCUGCCAUGUUGAAGAAGCUGAUUACUUCUGAGCGUCAUGAAAAGGCAUUCCUAGGCGGUACCGAGCGUUUCCUGGGCAAGGACCAUCCUGAGCUCAUCCCUCAGGUUCCAGCUAUCCUUCUCGGAUACUACCAGAACGACCUUGUUUCUGAGGACGUCCUCAAGGCUUGGGGCAGCAAGGGCAGCAAGAAGUAUGUCGAUCUUCAGACCAGCCGAAAGGUUCGCAAGGCUGCUGAAAAGUUCCUCGAGUGGCUUUCGACUGCCGACAGCGAUGAGAGUGAGGAAGAGUCUGAGUAA